AUGGUAGCAGUCAUAGAUGAUGUACUAGAAGAAUGUGAACUGAAAAAAGGAACACCUAUCAAAAGUUUAAAGAAAUCACUUGACACACUUGAUGCAAGUCGGGAUGGACAUAUAAAUGUUGUUAAAAAAUUGUUACAACAUUCAGCAGAAGUAAAUCAAUGUAAGGAUAAUGGUGCAUCACCUCUGUUGGUAGCAAGUGGGAAGGGACAUGUUACUGUGGUUAAAGAACUGUUACAACACUCAGCAGAGGUGAAUCACUGUAGUAACAGUGGUAAAUCAUCUCUAUGGCAAGCAAGUAUGGAGGGACAAGUUGUAGUUGUUGCAGAACUGUUACAACAUCGAGCAGAGGUAAAUCUAUGUAAUGAGGAUGGUGCAUCACCCCUGUGUGUAGCAAGUUUGAAGGGACAUGUAUAUGUUGUUAAAGAAUUGUUACAAAAUGCAGCAGAAGUAAAUCUAUGUAUGAAUAGUGGAUCAUCACCUCUGUAUUUAGCAAGUCAGGAAGGAAAUGUUGAUGUAAUUAAAGAACUGUUACAACAUCGAGCAGAGGUCAAUCUAUGUAAUGAGGAUGGUGCAUCACCCCUGUGUGUAGCAAGUCAGAAGGGACAUGUAUAUGUUGUUAAAGAAUUGUUACAAAAUGCAGCAGAAGUAAAUCUAUGUAUGAAAAGUGGGUCAUCACCUCUGUAUUUAGCAAGUCACGAAGGAAAUGUUGAUGUAAUUAAAGAACUGUUACAACAUUCAGCAGAAGUAAAUCUAUGUAUGAGUAACAAUGUAUCACCUCUGUUAGUAGCAAGUCAGAAAGGACAUGUUGAUGUUGUGAAAGAAUUGCUACUACAUUCAGCAGAUGUCAAUCUUUGUAGGGAUGAUAGAGCCACACCUCUAUGGCUAGCAAGUUUGAAUGGACAUGUGAGUGUUGUUAAAGUACUUUUACAACAUUCAGCAGAGGUAAAUAAGUGUCUUGAUGAUGGUGCAUCACCUCUGUUUGUAGCAAGUUUGAAAGGACAUGUUAAUGUUGUUAAAGAACUGUUACAACAUUCAGCAGAGGUCAAUCUUUGUAGGGAUGUUAGUGAAUCACCUCUGUUUAUAGCAAGUCAGCAAGGACACGUGGAUGUUGUUAAAGAACUGUUACAACAUUCAGCAGAUGUCAAUCUUUGUAUGGAUGAUGGUGCAUCACCUCUGUUUCAAGCAAGUCAGGAAGGACAUGUUAAUGUUGUUCAAGGACUGCUACAACAUUCAGCAGAAGUCAAUGUAUGUUUGUAUUAUGGUUUAUCACCUCUAUGGCAAGCAAGUUUGAAGGGACAUGUUGAUGUAGUUAAAGAACUGUUACAACAUUCAGCAGAUGUAAAUAAGUGCGAUAGUAAUGGUCAAUCGCCUUUGUUGAUAGCAAGUGGAAAGGGACAUGUUAAUGUUGUUAAAGAAUUGUUACAACAUGCAACAGAAGUAAAUUGGUGUGAUGAUACUGGGACAUCACCUCUGUUGAUCGCAAGUCAGGAAGGACACGUAAAAGUUGUUAAAGAACUGUUACAACAUUCAGCAGAGGUAAAUCUGUGUAGGGAUAAUGGUGCAUCACCUCUGAUGGUAGCAAGUGGAAAGGGACAUGUUAAUGUUGUUAAAGAAUUGUUAGAACAUGCAGCAGAGGUAAAUUGCUGUAGAAAUAAUGGUGUUUCACCUCUAUGGCUAGCAAGCAUGGAAGGACAGACUGAAGUUGUUAAAGAAUUGUUACAACAUUCAGCAGAGGUAAAUAAGUGUGAUAGUACUGGUACAUCACCUCUGUUGAUAGCAAGUCAGAAAGGGCAAUUAAAUGCUGUUAAAGAAUUGUUACAACAUGCAGCAGAGGUCAAUCUAUGUAAGGAUGAUGGUACAUCACCUCUGUGUAUAGCAAGUCAGGAGGGAAAUGUAAAUGUUGUUAAAGAACUACUAAUUCAUUCAGCAGAAGUAAAUCUAUGUAAGGAUAAUGGUGCAUCACCUCUUUUUUUAGCAAGUCAAGAAGGACAUGUUAAUGUUGUAAAAGAACUGUUACAUCAUUCAGUAGAAGUUAAUAUGUGUGAUAGUACUGGCACAUCACCUCUGUUUAUAGCAAGCCAGGAAGGACAGCUUGAUGUUGUUAAAGAACUGUUACAACAUUCAGCAGAUUUCAAUGUUGGUUGA